CUUAGCCUUCUUGAAUUGACUAUGGAAAGGGAGAUAACGGAAGCGAAGACUGGAGCCGGGGCAUUGUGAUGGUGAUUUGCGCGAGUCUGUUGAGGUUUAGUCAGACCCCGUGAAGAAAGUGAGCGUCAAUCAUCUCCUCCAAGUUUUAACCGCUAAGGAUGGAGACGAAACGGAAAGAAACACGCAAGUCUUUGAGGAUCAAAGUGAUCUCCAUGGGUAACGCUGAGGUUGGCAAGAGUGCAAAUUAGAGACCGAGAAAUCAAAGUGAAUAUCUUUGACAUGGCUGGACACUCCUUCUUUUACGAGGUUCGCAAUGAAUUUUACAAAGACACUCAGGGUGUAAUCCUAGUAUAUGACGUUGGGCAAAAGGAAUCCUUUAAUGCUCUUGACCUUUGGCUUGCUGAGAUGAAACAAGAACUUGGACCACAUGGAAACAUGGAAAACAUUGUUUUUGUGGUUUGUGCCAAUAAGAUUGAUUGUGGCAAGUUGCGCUGUGUGGUUGAAAGUGAAGGGCGACUGUGGGCAGAAAGCAGAGGCUUUCUUUAUUUUGAAACUUCUGCACAGACUGGAGAAGGGAUUAAUGAAAUGUUCCAGACUUUCUACUCGGCUAUUGUUGAUUUAUGUGAUAAUGGUGGAAAGCGCCCCAUAACCAGUGCAAGCAACAGUUUCACUAAGGAGCAAGUAGACACCAUCCGGAGGAUUCGCAACAGCAAGGAUAGCUGGGAUAUGUUGGGUGUCAAACCAGGAACUACAAGGGAUGAAGUAAACAAGGCCUAUCGAAAGUUGGCAGUGCUCCUCCACCCAGAUAAGUGUAUGGCUCCAGGUAGUGAAGACGCCUUCAAGGCUGUGGUGAAUGCACGGACUGCCUUGCUCAAAAAUAUCAAGUAAAACACAAGAAGAUGCGGCUUUCACCAUAGCAAGUGAUAUGCCUAUUCUGAGAGAGGCAUCAAGGAUUGCCUCCUGCAAAAGACAAAGGAAGCAAGUCACAGGAAAUUCCUAAAAGCAAUUUUUCUUCACCAUUUACUCUCAAAGCUGUUCUCUGUUCUACUAUGAAUAGGUCAAUAUAGGAGACUUCUCUGAGGUGGACUUCCAAAUCCAUCUGAAUGCCUCAGGAACAGUAACAACGGUAAUAUCCUGUCCUUUCUUUUCCUCUGAAGAAAAGUUGACCGUGGACUGAGAUGACUCUAAAAUAUGUUACUUCUAUUUAAAUCACUUAUUUCAAUAUUGUGCAUUAUUUUCCUCAAAACCAAUGCUGAUAUUCAGCCUCUGAUUAAGCACUUCGUUGUUCCUCUUUGUCCUACACUGGAAAUUAUUUUAUCCACUCAUAUCCUUUGAACCACUUCAUUAAGUUUAAGUUGGUUAAGGCAUUCUUGCUUUUUCAAAUAAAAAUGGGAAAAAUAAUAGCAUAAUAGCCGAGGUCAAAGCAUUAGUAGCCACUGGGAGUAUUGAUGGGACAGGUAGUACUUCCUACAAAAUGAGUUAGAUAGUAAGUUGAUUUGCUCAUUAUUUGAGUCAUGUUGUUCUAGGAGUGUUUGUCUAUAUUUUGAACCUCCCCGGACCUAGCAAGGAAUAUAACCUUCAUCAGAUGAGGGAUUCAAUCACACAGAAGCUUAAUUUGGCUUAAUUUGUUCUCACUUCCUCCCCAAUUAUAAAUUAAAUGAGGGAAGAAGGGAAGGGAUAAAGGAAAAGCUAACUGUAUGUACUCAAGUAUAAUUAAAAGGGCCCCUGAAUUGAAAGAGACAUGGUGAAACAAACUCAGUGGCAGCUUGUUGAUUUCAUGACUGGUACUAACAUAUUUAUUUAUUUAUUUGAUUUAUAUGCCACUGUUGUGAUGAGCUGUGAGGGCACAGUAGCUAGAAUGCAGUACUGCAGGCUACUUCUGCUGACUGCUGGCUUCCAGCAAUUGGGCAGUUUGAAUCUCACUGG